AUGCAGAGUUCUCUGUCGGAAUCCUAUUAUUACGGCGCCCAGGAGUCCCAGUCCUCGCACUACAAGACUUUCUGUUUCCUCAGCAUCAACACCUUGAACAUCCAGCAACACACGGCGACAAGCGACCCCCCCACAACUCACAAUGGCACGCUUCCCACUCCCUCUCCUUCCACGCAUCGUCUUCGGCAUCAUCGAACCCAUCAUCCUGUGAGUAAUUACCUUCAACCCACGAAUGGCCCAUCAUACAAAGCAAAAAGGCCUAAUAAACCGCUGCCGUCCAGUCUUCGGCAGUAUUUCGUCAACAGAAGCGCCACCAUUAACUCCGACUUGACGGGGCCCGCCAUUGGCGCGGUGCUGCAGCUAGUUAAUCUCAUCCUGCUGCUUGCGCCCAUUUCAGUCAUGUGCUGCUUCUCGAGGGACCCGAGGACAGUCAAGUGGUAUUUGACUGCAAAGGUACUUGCGGAUUGUUUGCACGCCAGUGCUUCAUUUAUGGUUUUCAGUUAUGAGCCCCCAUUUGGCUCGUUGGAAUGGAACGACAAAGUCUGGGUCAAUGUGUGGGGAAGCUUGGGGCGGGCUCUGUUGAGGCAGUUGACUUUACUGGGCGUUUUUGGUUCGGUGUCUGCGGAGGACGAUGGUAAGGAUGGUGAAAAGAAGAACGCAUGA